CAAAAUACGUAAAGAAAAGGAUUAAAAUGGUUUCAUCAAGGAAAUGUGUUUUCCUUGUGUUCUUAUGUAUGGUUGUUCUCUUGAAUCCAAAAUCUACAAAAGCGAAAGAUAUUGAUGGAAGGAAGCCCCUCUUGAUAGGUACUUGCAUAGAGUUUCCAACAGAAAAAUGCAAUAAGACAUGCAUUGAAUCAAAUUUUGCUGGUGGAAAAUGCGUUCAUAUUGGUCAAAGCCUUGACUUUGUAUGUGUUUGUUUCCCAAAAUAUUAUAUAUAAUAAUUUAUGUUUAAGAUUUGCAUGAGUGUUAUAAUAUUUUAAAUAAAAUAGGUUGCAAAAUUAUAUUUUGAAUAGA